AUGUCCACUGCAGAACAGAUUGCCAAGAAGGCACGUAUCGCAGGAAACUCUCUUAAGACGAUAUCUAACGAGAACAGAUCUGCCAUCCUAUAUAAGAUCCACGAUGCUUUAAAAGCUGAUGCCUCCACCAUCGAACAAGCCAAUAAGUUGGAUUUACAAUUAGCUCAAGAAAACCAUUUGUCAGAUUCCCUUUUGAAAAGAUUGGAUUUGUUUAAAGGUGACAAAUUUGAUACCAUGUUACAAGGUAUCAAAGAUGUAGCUGAUUUGGAAGAUCCAGUGGGGAAAAUCAAGAUGGCUAGAGAAUUAGACGAAGGUUUGACUUUGUAUCAAGUUACUGCACCUGUGGGGGUUCUUUUAGUCAUAUUCGAAUCAAGACCGGAAGUUAUUGCUAAUAUUACUGCCUUGUGUAUUAAAAGUGGUAAUUCGGGGAUCUUAAAAGGUGGGAAGGAAUCGGUACAUACUUUUAGAGAAAUGGCUAAGAUUAUUAAUGAAACUAUUGAAAAAUAUCAUGAGGAAACUGGUGUCCCAGUUGGUGCAGUUCAGUUGAUUGAAACUAGACAAGAUGUUAAUGACUUAUUAAGUCAAGAUGAAUAUAUUGAUUUAGUUGUCCCACGUGGAUCUAACGCAUUGGUUAGAAAUAUUAAGGAUUCCACUAAGAUCCCAGUCUUGGGUCAUGCUGAUGGUAUCUGUUCCAUAUAUGUCGAUAAAGAUGCUGAUCUGGAAAAGGCCAAAAGAAUCACACUAGAUGCUAAGACUAAUUAUCCAGCUGGUUGUAACGCUAUGGAAACUCUUUUAAUUAAUCCAUCAUUACCAAGUUGGUGCGAGGUCCUAGAAAAUUUGACUCGUGAAGGUAAAGUUACUUUACAUGUCAUGAAUGAUGUUAAAGAAGCAUAUUUCAAACAAUUGGAAUCAUUAGGGAGAUUGGAUGACGUUAUUAAAUCAUCCACUGUGGAUGUUAAUGAAAGUAAAGAUUUCGAUAAAGAAUUUUUAUCAUUAGAUUGUGCCGUUAAAUUUAUCACAUCAACACAAGCCGCAAUUAAUCAUAUUAAUUUGCAUUCUUCAAGACAUACGGAUGCGAUUAUUACUGAAAAUAAAGAUGAUGCUGAAUUAUUUUUGAAAGGUGUGGAUUCUUCUGGUGUUUAUUGGAAUGCCUCUACAAGGUUUGCUGAUGGUUUCAGAUAUGGGUUUGGUACUGAAGUCGGUAUUUCAACUUCAAAGAUUCAUGCUCGUGGACCAGUUGGGUUAGAUGGCCUAGUCAUUUAUCAAUAUCAAAUUAGAGGUAAUGGUCAAGUUGCUAGUGAUUAUCUAGGUGCUGGUGGUAACAAAGCGUUCGUCCAUAAAGAUUUGGAUUUAACGAAAAAAUAA